AUGGAGCUCCUGUUGAUGUCUUGCAUUACGUUGGGUUUCGUCGAGUCUGCAUCUUCUUGUCGUCUGGUUUCUCAUCUCUUUCCUGACAAGAUCGGCGGUCGUCCUGCAUGGUUGGCCCUUAGCCACCUCCCUGAGGAUCUGGAAUGUCCUCAUUGUCAUCAUCACAUGGUCUUUCUCCUCCAACUCUACUCUCCUAUUGAUGAUCGGAUGGAUUGUUUUCAUCGAAUGCUUUUUGUGUUCAUGUGUAAAAGCGGAAGUUGUUUUCUGCCACAGAAUGGAGUUAAGCCCCGGCCCUUUCGGGUCUUUCGUUCCCAAUUGCCAAAGGAAAAUCCCUACUAUAGCUCUGAACCACCAUCAGAAUCAGAUGCGACAACAGAAGAAUCUAUGGUGGAACUUUUCCGAUCUGGCAAAGCUCCUACGGCCGGUAUUACAGUCAACUUAUGUCCGAUUUGUGGAUGCUCGGGUACCAAAUGCUGCAAUAACUGCAAUAAGGCCUAUUAUUGCUCGAAGGAACACCAGGUCAUACAUUGGAAGCAGAAUCACAAAUCGUAUUGUCCCAAUUACGAUUACCUGACUGAGAUGUUUCGGUCAAAUCCCUUUCUCUUACCUGAAUUUUCGUUGGUUUCGGAGCCACUAGAUACGGACAAUGAGGACACUACUGAGCUCCUCAACUUUGAUGAGGAAUCCGACUCCGAAGUUGUUGAAGACCCAGGUGUUUCAAGUUCCGAUAAGGAGGAAUUCAAAGCACUUGAGGAGUUAUCGCGUAAGGAGACGCGAGAAGACCGGCAUUUUAACAGAUUCAAGGAAAUUCUACGAAGGGAACCUGAUCAGGUUGUUCGCUUCGAUCGCGGCGGAGUGCCGCUUUUGGCAACUCCCACACCCAUCAUUCCACCACCGUGUGUAAGGUGUGGUGGAAAGAGGAUUUUCGAAUUUCAGAUAACACCCCAGCUCUUGACUUACUUGAAACUGGACAAGGUAAAUGAGGCCUCGCCGGACUUUGCCAGCGUCUACAUCUUUACCUGUGAGAACUCUUGUUCCCUAGCGUUCUCAGGUGCCCGAGACAGCACCAACACGGAGACCUACGUUGAGGAGUUUGUCACUUUUGAUCCAGUUCCCUGA